AUGGCUCCCAAGGGUAAGGCAGACUCUUCUGAAUGUAGUGCAUCAAAGAAGAGAAAGGCCAUCACCAUGGAAGUUAAAGUGGACAUUAUAAAGAGAUCACAAAAGGGAGAAACACCAACAAACAUUGGCCGGUCGCUUGGACUUAGUCGUUCCACUGUGGCUACCAUCAUCAAAGAUAAAGAGCGCAUUAUGGAACAUGUGAAAGGAUCUGCUCCUAUGAAAGCAACAGUGAUAACCAAGCAGCGUAGUGGUCUAAUUAUUGAGAUGGAAAGAUUAUUGGUGGUUUGGUUGGAAGAACAAAAUCAACGGCGUAUUCUAGUGAGCCUUAUGGUGAUUCAGGAGAAGGCGAAAAGAUUGUUUGAGGCACUGAAAGAUGAAAAGGGGAAAGGAAGUGAAAGUGAAGAGUUUGUGGCUAGUAGGGGUUGGUUUAUGCGAUUUAAGGCUCGGGCCAAUUACCAUAACCUUAAAGUGCAAGGUGAAGCUGCUAGUGGUGAUGAGAAAGCAGCAAGUGAAUUUCCUAAAGCGUUGGCUGAGAUAAUUAAGGAGGAGGGUUAUUCUGCUCAUCAAGUGUUCAACGUGGAUGAGACAGGCUUAUUUUGGAAACAUAUGCCUGACCGCACUUACAUCGCCAAGGAGAAGUCAGCACCAGGUCAUAAAGCCAGCAAGGACAGGAUAACUUUACUUUUUUGGGGAAAUGCUGCUGGCGACUUCAAACUGAAGCCCUUCCUUGUGUAUCAGGCUGAAAAUCCAAGGGCACUCAAGGGCAUUUGGAAGAGUCAACUACCAGUCAUUUUGAAGGCAAAUAAGAAGGCAUGGGUGACACUUGCAGUGUUUGAGGACUGGUUCAUCAACUAUUUUGUGCCAAGUGUGGAGUGGUAUUUGGCCUCCAAGGGUAUCCCUUUUAAGGUGUUGCUAGUGCUGGACAAUGCCCCUGGACACCCUGCCCACCUGGGAGACUUUAACCCUAAUGUCAAGGUGGUUUACCUUCCACCUAAUACCACGGCCCUGUUACAGCCUAUGGACCAAGGAGUGAUAGCUUCGUUCAAGGCCUACUACCUCCGAAGGACAAUUGCUAUGGCUUUACAGGCAACUGAAACCAAGAAGAAUUUGACCCUAAAAGACUUUUGGAAAUCCUACAACAUCCUUGAUGCCGUGAAGAACAUUGCUGAUUCCUGGGAGGAGGUUAAGCAAACAAACAUGAAUGGUGUUUGGAAAAACUGUGUCCUCAAUUUGUGGGUGAUUUCCAUGGGUUUGAGGACACAGUUCAGCAUGUUAUUAAGAAUGUUGUUGCCCUGA